CUCUCCCUUCUGUUCCCCUCUCCCCCACUCCUCUCUUCUCUUGGUCCCUGUGGUUGGUGACAUCAGAAAAAUAAGCUGUUUAUGGUGCAGUAUUGUCAGUGCAGCAGUUGAAGUAGAGCCAUGCAUUGAUGCACAGCAUAUUGAGGUAUAAGUGUGGGUUACUGUGAGUGUCUGCCUGUAAUUAUAUCUGCAUGUGAAGAUUACAGAAGGUUUUUGAUGAGUUUGAAAUGAUUAUCCUCACUGGUGCGAUCUUAUGAUAUUCAUUCUGUGUGUGUAUGAUGUGUGAUGUGGGAUACGGCCCACCCUGUUGAUGUGGGGCUGGAUAGGAAAGAGCAUGCUGAGACAGCCCUGGAGACGAGGCUGACAAUCUGAUCAUUGUAUCAGAGUUGGAUGAAGAGGGAUGGGGGCGGCAUGGUGUGUACAUCUGGUUUGUGUGUGUGUUUAUCUGUUAGAAGAGUCUCUGUGCAUGUUAUAGGGGAUCGGUUGGGGUGGGACAUUAGUCCCAAUGGUGCCAUUACAAGGCUUGUUAGAGCAUUACACAGUGUGUGUGUGUGUGUGUGUGUGUGUGUGUGUACGUGUGUGUACAUAUUCCACGUGUUGCAGUCCUUGUUGAGAUGAAGAGGGGAGAGGGGCUGGUGAAGUCCUCGUUGAGAUGAAGAGGGGAGAGGGGGGCUCAUAAAUAACAGUGUAAUGUCAAGGCUGGAGAGCAGGGCAUGGCCGGUAAGCCGUUCCGGGCCACCUUCAUCUGGAGCAGCAUCAUCGCCAACCUCCAGCAGCGCGUCGAGGUCAAGCGCCACCGCCACAACCUCAAGACCUACUAUGACUGUUUCCUGGGGUCAGAGGCUGUGGACGUGGUGCUGGCCCAUGUCAUCCAGUCACGUUUCUGCGGCGAUGCCGAGGUGCCUCGCUCCAAGGCCGUACGCCUCUGCCAGGCCCUGAUGGACUCGCGGGUGUUCGAGGCGGUGGGCACCAAAGUAUUUGGGAAUAAGGAGAAGUGGCGUGCCACCUUCGAGGACAGUAGCUGUAGUCUGUACCGGUUUCUUCCGCUUCCGUCUAGUCCCACUACCAUGACCAGCUCGCACUCGACGAGCACCAUCACCAUCGAGAGUGAAUACGACUCGCCGAGCAAACACCGGAACAGCUAUAGCCCACCUCUCAAACGUAAAGAGGAUCAGUACUCCAACAACCACUCUCUGGUCAAAACAGACAAAUCACUAGAGGACGUGUUGGGGAACCUCAACGUCACCUCAACCAUCACCCCACAGAUGAUCAACCUCGGCCUCUCACAGGAGUUGGUGGAUGAGGUGUGGCGCCAGCAGACGGUGUUCAGGCUGCUACAGCUGAUAGAGCUCCCCCUGCUGGAGAGUCUGUUGGAGGGUGAGGAGCGGCCCAGGCCUCCGCUGCACAGCAUGGACAGUGACCCAGACCUGCUCUACACAUCCAGCUACCUGGACAGAGAGGUCCUGAAGGCCUUCAGCGAAGCACAGGCUGAUGAGUGGUUGUCAGCAGCGGUGGACUGUCUGGAGUUCCUGCCAGAUGACUUGGUGGUUGAGGUGAGCAGGGGUCUGCCCCGCUGCGGUGAGGACCAGGGCCAGUGUAAGAGACUGGUGUACGGGAUCCUGGCCCAGCACUAUGGAGAGACACAGCACCCUCCACUACUCAGCAACCACGUCUUCGACAUCCACUCCAGCAUCUCUGAACUACUGGUGAAUGGGAAGAGGGAGCAGGUUCUGGAGGCCCUACAGCUGUGUCUGAAGCUACAGGACUCUCGCAGUAAAGAGGAGCUACGCAGACUGCUGCGAUUCAUGGCCGUCGCUGCCAAACCACAGGAGGUCAAACUGCACAAAGAGAUAGAGAACCGGAUGGCGGUGAAGAGAUCUUUCUCUAGUGCCAUCGUCUACAGCAUGAGACUGGCCAAGGGGAAGGUUGACCUACUGGUGCUGUUUAUGGUGGAAAACCACUGUGACGUCUUCAAGAUUCCAGUGUCGUUGCACAAGCUUGUGAGCGAUAGACUGACCAACAUUGUGAAGGGGAAAGACCCACAAGUCUUAACAGGCUCUACAUAUUGCAGGCGAGUCAAUGGAAAAGCGUACAUGGAGAGCAAGCAGAAGACUACCAAAGAGGAAUUAUGGGCUCUACUGAAGACAAUCCACGAAAACCCCAAACUGUCAAACAAAGAGAAGAGACGCUUGCUAGGACAGUUCUACAAGGGGCAUCCUGAGAUCUUUGUCCAGUACUUUGGAAGCAGAUUGUCAAGUGAUGAUAUAUAGCUAACUAAGGUGAUAUUUAAGUGAAUAACUAAUGUAUUAUUUGUAAAAAGAAAAGACAGACAGACAAAGGUGGUGUAAAUGUUGUAAAAAUGCAGUGUACAAAUAUAUUUAAUUUACUUCGCUCAUGUGAAGAGAUGAAUGUGAAAGCUUGAAUACAAUUUGAGAAUUGUUUUAUAAUUUCACGUGGAAUUCUCUUUCAUUUGGCUGUUACAGGGCCAUUCAUCUCUGAUGACAUUUUGAUAAUAUAAUUUCAUGCUCAAAAUCUAAGGAUGUCAGCCUUAUGAAGUAAAGAUUGUCUCAGAAGGAAAUGAACCCAUUUGCCCUUUCUUCGAAUGCAGUUGGGACAUUCAACAAUUUUUUUAGAAAUAAGUUCAGAAAAUUACAGUCCCAGACAACUUCCCAGAAAUAUCAUUUAAAUACACCAUUUAGAGACUACAAGUGUCUGUCAAAAUAUAAUACAUAUUAUUUUACAUUUCUAUGGUUCCUAUGGCAACAGGCUGAACAAAAAGUGUAAUUGAGAACUCUAAUUGUGUGACAGAUGCACAUGGCUUCUAGUGUUAUAUUCCUCAACAAAACCCUGGGUCUGCUGCCACUUUGGGAGAAGGUCAGAAGAAGUUCUGCGUAUCCUGUUUCAAUGAAUGUAUUCUUUCUCUGUGGUUACGCAAUAGGGAGAUGGUGUGGGUAAUAAAGAUGAAGGAUU